GGAGACGCAAAUUCAUCGCCAUUUCACAAGUCAAAUUUGUCAGAAUGGUGCUGCGUUAUUAAUACUAUAACAGAGCUCGUACUGUUGCCUCUGCGAUUGCUGCCCUGUUCGAAGUGGCUCGAACGUUCCUUCCCUGAUUCAUCGCGGGCACGGGCCGCUUAUGUCACACGCCUUCCACCGCACCUUUGACACUCCCAGCCGGUCACAGCCUCACUCCGCUUGCCGCCCUCGCCUGCCUACUUAAGCCCCUCGCCCGCCCUGUUGCCUCCUCCUCCUUCCUUUACCUCCCAUUCCCACUUCCCUCACAACUACCCCCCAUCUCUCUACCCAUCCACACCAACGCUGUCUCGCAGCCCAGCGCCCGCUAUCUACACGACACAUCAAAACAACCACCGCCACCAUGCAGAUCUUCGUCAAGACGUUGACGGGCAAGACCAUCACCCUUGAGGUGGAGUCUAGCGACACCAUCGACAAUGUCAAGUCCAAGAUUCAGGACAAGGAGGGCAUUCCGCCAGACCAGCAGCGCCUGAUUUUCGCAGGCAAGCAGCUCGAGGAUGGCCGCACUCUCUCCGACUACAAUAUCCAGAAGGAGUCGACCCUCCACUUGGUGCUGCGCCUCCGUGGUGGCAUGCAAAUCUUCGUCAAGACGCUCACUGGCAAGACCAUCACCCUCGAGGUGGAGAGCUCGGAUACCAUCGACAAUGUCAAGUCGAAGAUCCAGGACAAGGAGGGCAUCCCUCCGGACCAGCAGCGCUUGAUCUUCGCUGGAAAGCAACUUGAGGACGGUCGCACUCUCUCGGACUACAACAUUCAGAAGGAAUCCACUCUGCAUCUCGUCCUGCGCCUUCGCGGUGGUAUGCAGAUCUUCGUCAAGACCCUUACCGGCAAGACCAUCACAUUAGAGGUGGAGAGCUCAGAUACCAUCGAUAACGUGAAGUCGAAGAUCCAGGAUAAGGAGGGCAUUCCCCCGGAUCAGCAACGUCUCAUCUUCGCCGGCAAGCAACUCGAGGACGGCCGGACACUGUCGGAUUACAACAUCCAGAAGGAAUCCACGCUGCAUCUCGUCCUCCGUCUCCGUGGUGGUAUGCAGAUCUUCGUGAAGACGCUCACUGGAAAGACCAUCACACUGGAAGUGGAAAGCUCCGACACAAUCGACAACGUCAAGUCGAAGAUUCAAGAUAAGGAAGGUAUCCCUCCGGACCAGCAGCGUCUCAUCUUCGCCGGCAAGCAGCUCGAGGACGGCCGGACACUGUCCGACUACAACAUCCAGAAGGAGUCGACGCUCCACCUGGUGCUCCGUCUGCGUGGCGGCCAGUAG